GAAACAGCUGGCCUGCCUCUCUAGUAGGGCCAUAGAAGGGGUAGGGGUAACCGAAGGGGUUCUCAGAAUCUUGAGCAAGCACCCAUGUGUGACCUUUCCCAGAGAAUUGCAUGCAAUAGGGCGACCAUUGCACAACUGUACUUUGAUGAAGUUGUAAACACAACAUGCCAAACAUUCAGGGCUUCAUCACAGCAUGCCAACACACUCGUGUACCAGUUUCCAUGUGUUCUGUGGUAGUAGUGUCCGUCUCAAUUUUUACGUCACUGUAAGUUGAUCUGUGUUUAUUUACUUGGCUUGGAGAUGCUGGCUGAGCACACAGCAGCAUGUGACGAGCCGUAACUAAAGGAGUCAGGUGUGUUGCCACCUCUUGUUAUUGUGAUGGUAUCUAAAGUCCAGCCCGAGGGUCAGUCUCUAGUAACACCAUUGGUCAAGAUAGGCCAGCCCAAAGAGUCUUUUGAUCUGUCUUCCCGUAGAUUUAAGGGUUUGUUUAUGUCUGGUGGCUUGUUUUCAUGGGGGGGCCAUCCAGUGAAGAGGGAGUUGUUUAUUAUGCAGGUCGGGAUCAAAACAAAUCAUCUGACCUGCUGAGUAAGAACCCUUUUAUUGAUCCCCCACUUUCAGGUUGUAUUGACCUUUAACAUGUUAAUACCUACAUCAGCCAUCACCAGCCUUGGCUGAUCACCAUGUAGGACAGACGGCAGCCCUGUCAAUACAAGCAAAACUAGCCGAACACUCUAUGAACAAUCUGUCAUCAAUGGCUUUGCUUGACUGGACUGGACCCGAAUGGCAGGCAGACUGUGACUGUGAAUGAAAGGCUACAGAAGACAAAUCUGGGAAGUUCAUUUGAAAUAGCUAAGCCAACAUAUAUAUAUAUAUCCGAUUUCAAAAUCUUAACAGGCAUUUUGCAAUUGUGCAGCGUAAGAUACCAGAAUACAGGGGGAAGUAACAAGGCUUUUAUUAACCGGAAUCCAAACGGGACCAGGAAGAGUAGUUGACUUGCAUAAAGGCUGUGUUGAAAAACAUUGCCCUUAGGAUGGGAUUUAUUUGUCAUUUAUGGGCCUCUGCUUGAAGCAGGAGAAAUAAAAUUCUCUUGAACCUUAUUUCCUUUGAACACUUGAAGGUUAACAGGAGGUUUUAAUUUCUUAUAGGUUUAGAUUGUUGCAAGUCAUAUAUGAAUGUUUUUUUUUUUUUUUUUUACUUAGUUAUGAAGGAAGUGUUCCUGGAUAUUGUAUCUUAUGCAUGGACAAAGUAUUGCCAUCACAUUAUUACCCAAGCCGACAGAAGAGCCCUAUGGAAUCAUUCUGCUAGCAAAACAAAACCAUAGGUCUCUUCUCUUAGGAAAUGUUCCACUUACUCUGAGUUAACUUACAGAAGCUUGUUGCUAAACCAGUACUUGGAAUACUCCCCUGAGGACAGGUGUUGCCUCCUAAUUUACAUAUGAUUCUCCAACAGCCAUGCCACCUACCAACAGCGUCUUUCUAAUGUGAUUACCUGUACCAACAUGACCUGCUGUACAGGAGAUUAGGGAGUGCAUCUCACCGACUCAGACCCAACAUACUGUCGAUUGAAUGUGUUGCCAGCCAGGCCACAGUUCGGGAUGGAACUCUGUCUUUGUGACGGGGCCACCGAUUGAAGAUGAGCACCUUCGUGGACGGCCAACACGCGGGGGACUAGUUUGAUUGCGCUCAUUUUAUCUGCUGUUGUCUUGACGUUUUUUUAAAAGCUAUUUAUAGAAUUGAAUACGAUAACCGCGAGCCAUCCAUACAAAAACAACCUUUGCUCCAAAACUGUGUGUAAAGAACGGUGAUUGUUUUCCUCUUCACUCCCCGUCGUUGCUUUAGGAACAGCCUCGUGUCGUAUGUCUCGGGGCCCUCCCCUUCGUCGUUUGCCCCUACCGAAGCACAUGUCAGCAACUCCUCCCUCUUCAGACUUACCGCUGCAGUCCAAGUUUACAAAAGCGCUUUUAAUUCAGAAUGGGAAUGAACGCAGAAGGUACAGUCAGCUGUAUCAGCACCCGGUGUCUCUAUUGGAGAUAAUCAGCAGUCGAUUAGGCCUACCUUGUCAGACUAAACCGAACACUGCCAGGCUCGUUCUCUCUACUACACUUCUACCUCGAUGGACACUCUACAUGAACUUUAGAAGUACGGAUAACAAGAAUACGUGAGCGUUUGGAGCUAGCGUUUGCUAACUCGUGAUAGCACAAGUGCUCUCACUGCUCCUGUUUGAUAACGUUAUCUCGGUUUUAGUUUUUACCUCGUUUUGAUUUAUGUCGGUAACGUGGAAGCGACAAUGAGGUCUUGACAUCAACAGUACAUGAUAACUGCUGACAAAAUGAUAACAGUUGCUUUGCUAUGGAGUAAGGAGAGAUUCGAAUAAAAGGAUAUCCUGCACCCCGGUCCUGAAACACCCCUGCUCCGGCUGCGUCGUACAGCCAUGACCCUGGGUACUGUGGAUUCCACAAGGAGCUCAGCUCCAGGCUGCUUCUGCUCGUGUUGUGGGGCAAAAAUGAUGCCAUACUUCACGGACAACGCCGUUGUGUCUCAGAACCAGAUCAACCAAAUCAUCAGUGAAAACUUCCUGACUGUGAAAGGUGCUGCCCUCUUCCUGCCCCGCGGAAAUGGCUCCUCACCAACAUCAGUGCCCCGCAUUGCUCAGCGGCAGAACAAACACACAGGUGACCUCCAGCAGCACCUCCAGACAAUGUUCACCCUGUUGCGGCCAGAGGACACCAUCAGGCUGGCGGUGCGACUGGAGAGUGCCUACCCCCAGUGCACGCGCUACAUGGUGGUGGUGUCCACCAACGGCCGGCAGGACACCGAGGAGAGUUUGGUGCUGGGCAUGGACUUCAGCUCCUCAGACCGUCUAUGCACUGUUGGGCUGGUGCUGCCCCUAUGGAGUGACACUCUGAUACACUUGGAUGGCGAUGGUGGUUUCAGUGUGUCCACCGUCAACAGGGUCCAUGUCUUCAAACCAGUCUCUGUCCAGGCCAUGUGGGCAGCGCUGCAGUCCUUGCACAAGGCCUGUGACGUGGCGCGCUGCCACAACUACUACCCCGGCAGCCUCUUCCUGACCUGGGUGAGCUACUACCAGAGCCGCGUGGCCUCCGACCAGACCUGCAUCAACGAGUGGAACGCCAUGCAGGACGUGCGGUCGCACCGCGCCGACUCCCCCGUGCUCUUCACCGACGUGCCCACAGAGAGGGAGCGCACCGAGCGCCUGAUCAAGAUGCGCCUGAGAGAGAUCAUGAUGCAGAUGGACCUGGAGAAUGUCACCUCCAAACAGAUCCGCACAGAGCUGGAGAUGCAGAUGACCUGUAACCUCCGAGAGUUCAAGGAGUUCAUCGACAACGAGAUGAUCGUCAUCCUGGGCCAGAUGGACAGCCCCACUGAGAUCUUUGACCACGUCUUCCUGGGUUCGGAGUGGAACGCCUCGAACCUGGAGGAACUGCAGAACAGUGGGGUCGGCUACAUCCUGAACGUGACACGGGAGAUUGAUAACUUCUUUCCUGGACUGUUUGAGUACCACAACAUCCGCGUGUACGACGAGGAGGCCACCAACCUUCUAGAAUACUGGAACGAAACCUACAAGUUCAUCUCCAAGGCCAGGAAAGCUGGAGCCAAGUGCCUGGUCCACUGCAAGAUGGGCGUGAGCCGCUCGGCUUCCACGGUCAUCGCCUACGCCAUGAAGGAGUACGGCUGGGACCUGGAGCGCGCCUUCGACUACGUGAAGGAGCGCCGCGCCGUCACCAAGCCCAACCCCGCCUUCAUGAAGCAGCUGGAGGAGUACCAGGGCAUCCUCCUGGCCAGCAAACAGCGGCACAACAAGCUGUGGCGUUCCCACUCCGAUGGCGACCUGUCCGAACCCCUGUCCAGGGCCCCCCACCACGCGCUGGACCGCUCCGACCCCCUCAACAACAACGGCCCCGCGUCGCUGCAGCACUUCCUGGGCAUGGCCAUGCUGCAGGCUCUGGGCGCCCAGCCCCAGCCAGAGCACCAUGGCGACGGCGACACGCAGCUCCCACGAAGCCCUUCCCCUCCCACCUCCAACGGCCUGUGUGACUCGGAGGAGCACCUGCCCACCUCCUCCUCCACCUCCAUCUCCGUCUCCAUCACGUCCUCCUCCUCCCACCUGGUCUCCUCCGAGGACCCCUUCCUCCCGCCCCUCCCCCGGCCGCGGGCGGCCACCGUGGUGCCUAAGGGCCGACUGGAUGUCUCCGCCCUCACCGUGGCCGAAGCGGUCCCGGCAGCCCGGCACCACCCCCCUCCUUCCCUCCACAUCCUCCCCCCAUCGCCCUCCCCUGAGCCCCGGCCCGACGACUCCGGCUCCCCCUCCCCCAGCAGCCCCAACCCUGACCCGGCGGAGCUGUCGCAGGACGAGGCUGAUGGGAGUAUAAGCGGGAUGGCCAACCUGUUAUCUUAUCAGCAGCAGGCCCAGGAGGCCAGCGUCACUGACAGCCUUCAGCUGUCUCUGGACACUCUUAGCGAGGGAGGGGGCCCCGGCCUGCCCUCCUCCCCCUCCACAGACACCCCCAUGGCCGUCAGCCCCCUCAGCCCCUCGGACUCGGUCCUCUCGCUCUCACUGGAGCCGAAGGACGACGAUAACAACAACAACAACAGCAGCAACCCGCGCGCUGGCGGUCCUGCUGAGGAGGCUCUGGGGGGCAGCCUGCCUGACAUGAGCACCCACAGCGGCUCGUCCAGCCUCAGCACAGACAGCAUCGACUUCUUCAGCGCCCGCGAGAAGUUCCUGGGGCUGUCUCAGGACGGCACCCCAACCCGCCCCGAGCCCUCCUGCUUGCCCAAGGCCGGCCAGUCCCGCUGCCCCAGCCAGGAGCUGCCGCCGUCGCAGGACGAGCAGGAGCAGGAGCAGGAGCAGGAGCAGGAGCAGGAGCAGGAGCAGGAGCAGGAGCAGGAGCAGGAGCAGGAGCAGGAGAAGGAGAAGGAGAAGGAGAAGGAGAAGGAGAAGGAGAAGGAGAAGGAGAAGGAGAAGGAGAAGGAACACGGCCCAGCUCCAUCUGAAGACAGCCAGAGAAAGGGUUCUCCUCAGCCCGAAGGUCAGUGCAGCCCUGAGGGUGAACCCCAGCCUGAUAACGGCGUGUCCGUACGGCAUAUGGUCACCGAGCUGGAGUCCAUCUCCCACAUCCAGCUCCCCCCGCAGCAGACGGCACCACUCAGCCCCCAGCACCAACAGGGUACACCCGAGCUCCCCUCAACGCCCUCUCCACCUCCUCCUCCUCCUCCUCUCCACCCACCCUCCCCCACCACUCCCACUCGCAACUGCGCGUCGGGGUCGGUGCGGCGCGUCCGCAAGCAGCUGGAGCAGAGACUCAGGCAGGAGCUGGAGGGCCCCCCUUCGGCCUGCACCCCGGCGCCCACCCCCUCUCCCCCGGCAUCCUGCUCCCCGCAGCCCUCGCUCAGCCUGGACUGCCCCGAGCACCGCACGCCCUCCCCCCAGCCAGGCGCCGCCGCCCUGGAUGAAGCCUGCACCGAGCCAGAGGAGGCCCGCUGUGAGGCUGCCUGUCUGGAGGCGCAGGACAAGAGACUUCCUGACUCUGACUCUGGUGCUCCCCCUGAGCUUCCCUCACCUCCAUCACCGCGGUCCUCCUCCCCCGUGUACCCAGAGGGUGGAGCCCAGUCCCCUCUCCCCGCUCUGGAGCCGGGCGCCCGGCCUGGCCUGCUGUGGCUUGAGGGCGUGACUGACAUGGAGACGGACACGGACACCCCGAGCCCGGCCCACACCUCGACCCCGCAGCCUUACAGCCGGCUGGCGCGCAGCAGCGAGGACCUGGAGAAGAUCCAGGAGACGCUGCGGGAGCUGCAGGCCUUCCUGUACGAGGCUGGAGGGGCGCGGGGGCCUGAGGGGGAGCAGGGCGAGGAGGGCUCGGGGCCCAGGAUGGAGGCAUCGCGCUCAGAGCCCAGAGGCGCCGCCGUGUGGCAGAGGGCCAUGGAGAUCGAGGCGCGCAUCCGCCAGGCCGGCCUCACGACGCCCUCGCUCAUGAAGCGCUCGGCCUCGCUGGCCAAGCUGGACUGCCUGGAGCUGUCCACCAACGACCUCAGCAGCUGGGACUUCCACGCUGGCCCCACCUUCACGUUCACCUCCCCCAGCAGCCCUGCUCCCUCCUCGGACUCUCAGAAGCAGCAGCCCCCCCUGGCCACCCCCCUCUCCCCGUCGCUGGCCCACUCUGUCCCUGACGACGCCUACAAGAAGCAGCGCGUGCUGCACCAAAGCCCCCCCAGCCCCCGGCCUGGACUCUGCCUCGAGGAGGAGGACAGGACUGCUGGCCCCGCCCCUCACGCCCCUCCCUCCCCACCUCCCUGCUCUCAGCACAGGCCCAAGGCCCGUCCCUCAGGCCCAGACCACUCCCACCAGCAGCCCUCCCAGCACGGGAAGCCACACCCAAUGCGGCGCAUGCGCAAGGCGGCGGAUAAAAAGCGGACAGUGACUGUGCUUUACAACACCAUGUGACCCUUAGCUCCGGCCCCAGGGACUGCACUAGGGGCCUAGCUCUGUGUGUGGAUGGAUGUGUGUGUGUGUGCGUGCAUUUGUGCGUGCGUGAACGUGUGUGUGUACACUGUUGUAUGUAUGUGGGUGUGUGAGGGUCUGGUGUCAGACUGUUUCAAAUUCAAUCUCUGGAUCAGUGUGGACUGUAGCUGUUUUUUUAAUCUAUUUUUUAUCUGGUUGAUCUAUUUGUUUUCACUGUGUGUGUGCGUUGAACAGAAGGUGGUGUCCCAGUGAAAUGAAAAUGUUUUUAUCAUGCACUUUAUUCUUUCCUUUUUAGUUUUAUUUCUUUGUCUUUUUGUUGUACAUAGAGGAUAUGAAUAAAGUUUUAGUUAUUGCCUAA